CUUGGAUGCAGCUGCUCAGCAAUGGAAGUCCAUUUCAUAAAACUCUCUAUGCACUGUUGUUGUGCUAACCUGAAGGCCACAUGAAGUUUAAAGGUCUUAGCUAUUGUAAACAGUUGGCAACUUCUGCAGACUGUGCGCUUCAGCAUGCGCUGACACCGCUCUGUCAUUUUAUGUGGCCUACCACUUUGUGGCUGAGUUGCUGUUAUUCCCAGUUGCUUCCACUUUGUUAUAUUACCACUAACAGUUGUCUGUGGAAUAUUUAGUAGCAAGGAAAUUUCACGGAUGGACUUAUUACCCAUUCUUUCACAAAUGUUUGUAGAAGCAGUCUGCAU